UAGUAGUUAAUGGAUAAACGGCGCUGCAUCCCAGAUGGGUAGCAACGCUGAGGGAAAGGAACACUGUAGAUUAGAAAGCUGUAUUCAGACACAAUGAAAAUCACUUUCAAAGGCUUGGCCAGUUUUGUGGCCACCUUUUGUGUCCUCAGUUUUGUAGGGCUCGUUCUGGCAAUUGGAACCGAUUUUUGGUACAUCAUUGACACUUCUAAAAGAGAAAACAGCUCAUCUUUGUCCCUGAGCUCACAUUCUGGACUGUGGCGGACUUGUAACUUUAAUAACCGGUGCUCGCCAUUCAUGAAUCCUUUUGGAGCAGGAAGAAACUUAUCAGAUUCACAAAGGCAGAUACUAAACAUGCAAGCAACGUUCAUCGUCCUGCUCCCUCUCAGCGUGAUUGUAUUAUUUGUUGGAGGAAUGUUGGGCUUCAUUGGUAUGUUGGCAAGAGCCUACCUGCUGCUGCUCCUGACUGGAGUGCUGCUUCUGUUCGGCGCUUUGCUCUCAUUGGCUGGAAUCUGUGUCUACAUGGCACACUCUCAGGCCGCCUUCAAAGAAGCUGUGGGUAUCUCUGGCCACAAAUCCCUGGAGGACAUAGAGAUUUACUUUGGCUGGUCUCUCGUCCUGGCCUCUGUUUCUUUUGUUGGACAACUCUGUACUGCCAUGGCAUUCCUACUUGCCUCAGCCAGAGUGAGCCAGCUGACCAAUCAAGAAGAAGAUGAAUAAUAAUCUGAAUGACAUUAAACACUGAAAAUGAAUUCGAUGUUUACAUUUUCAUAUUUUUAAUGGGAAAAAUGACAUUUUCGGUCGUAAUAGAGGGUCAAUAUUUGAGGUUUGUGAACUUUGUCAAAUAUAAGUUGUAAUAAGUUGAAUUUAAGUUGAAAUGACUUAAUAUUCAAAUUUGAUUGUCCUAUACUAAAUUUAAAACAUAAUAAAUUAUUUUUAUGUUUUAAUUUGAACAAUUUAGUAUUGGCAUUUCUGUCACAAACAUAAUAAAAAAAACUCCCAGAGGAACCCCUACUGUAUAUAAAAAAGUUGCUGCCUUACAUUAAGGACAAAAUUGAAAUAUCCUCAAGUAAAUAAUUUAGAGGGUUCAGCAGACAAAAAUAAAUAAAUAAAGGGAAUCCUUGAUGUUUUAGAAACACAUUUGUCAACCAUUGCAACUGAAUAUUUAAAGCUUGCAUUUGCUUAUUGCUUUAGUUAUUAAUGUUCAUUUUGUUUAUUUAGUAGUCUUGAGUAUCUGUCAUUUUUACAAAUCACAAUAAAAGGUCAGUUUUGAUUCUUUA